AUGGGCACCUGCUCUGGCGGGGCGACCAGAUGCCUCAUCCGUCCCCUAGCAGCCGUGAGUGCCAGGAGGGCUGGCAGCAUCCUCCAUACUGUGGAGGGCCUGGAGCCUGGGACAGUGCCCGGGACCCAGUGGGAUGUUUGGCCUAGCCACUCUCAGGCCCUGUCCUCAGCCCACUACUUAGAUGAGGGCGUCGAGGCCGAUCCCUGCUUGGAAGAAAUGAGGACCUCCCCCAACUCCGCUGCUUCAGUGGAGAAACAUGCAAGACGUCUGGAGAACCAGUGGCUCUGUGAGCGUGCACAGGCCCGGGACCCCCGAACUCCCCCACUUUGCCGGGAGGUCCGGGCCAUAAGGCUGUCCUUUGUGGGGGAGAUGGGCUGGGAGCUGCACAUCCCCAGGACUUCCUGCGUGCCUGUGUACCGGGCUGUGAUGGCAGCGGGUGCCAAGCACGGUCUCAUCAACGCGGGCUACCGUGCCAUCGACUCCCUGAGCAUUGAGAAAGGCUAUCGGCACUGGCAUGCUGACCUGCGGUCGGAUGACAGCCCCCUGGAGGCGGGCUUGGCUUUCACCUGCAAGCUCAGGUCCGCUGUGCCCUUCCUGGGGCGUGAGGCCCUGGAGAAGCAGCGGGCCACAGGCCUCCGCCGCCGCCUCGUGUGCUUCACCGUGGGGGAGAAAGUGCCCAUGUUUGGCCUGGAGGCCAUCUGGAGGGACGGCCAGGUGGUGGGCCACGUCCGGAGGGCUGACUUCGGGUUCACCAUCGACAAGACCAUCGCCUAUGGCUAUAUCCGUGACCCCAGCGGAGAGCCGGUCUCGCUGGACUUUGUGAAGAGUGGGGACUACGCCCUAGAGAGGAUGGGGGUGACCUAUGCUGCCCAGGCCCACCUGAGGUCACCCUUCGACCCGGACAAUAAGAGGGUGAAGGGAAUCUACUGAGAGGGCCUGUGGACCCUGGACCCUGGACCCUGGACCCUGGA